GUAACCCAGACGAGGCACCUGUCUUGCUUUCAGAUGCUAUAGACUCCCCUCUCUCGACAUUUCUCACUGCUCGUAAUCUUCGAAACUCCAACCUCCGUAUCUCCUCUCGUCUCUGCUUCUUAAACGCACGAAUUCUCUCUAGAUACACGACCCUAAUCUCUCAGCUUCUUUGUUUGCGAUGUCGAAGUUGUCAUCAACCGUUCCGAAUCAGAUUCGCUUCUUGCUCCAGAGUUUGAACGAAGCCAAUGUCGAUUCUGUUUUCCGAGAGCUAUGCCAGUUUAUUGAAUAUGGAGUUGAGGGAAGUGUUCUGGUGCUCCAAACAUGCUUGGAACAGCUGCAUUUUAACAGGACAGACUUGAAAGGCAUGCAGCUGGAACCAGUUUUCGUGUCCAUUUUCAAAUUUCUUUUGGACAAACCAAAUUUCAGUACUGUGUUUUGCCAGUCAUUAAGAAGCUUGGAGAUAAAUGAUGAAUUCCUAGAGAAUUUGUCUAAUGUGUUACAUUUAUCUCUGUCUGAAAAAAUUAGCAUUGGUCUUGCUCUGUCUGAUUCUGAGAUUGUUGAAUCCAGAAUGAGUGCAAAGAAAUUUUGCAUGGCUCAGAUUGAGGAACUGUGUGAAAAUCCAGUUUCUCUGAAUUCAGCAGAGCAAAUUCAGAAUAUUGUUAUGUUUCUUCAGCGGUCAGGGGGCCUCUCCAAGCACAUAGACCACCUUUUGCAGAUAUUAUCCUCGGUGCAACCAAAAGAGUCUUUUCCAUUUGUUUUAACUCCACUGCUUUCAGAUGAAAUGCGAGAGGCUAAUUUCCUGAGGAAUUUGGAUAUGUACCAUGAAUGCAAGGAAAGCGAGUUUGAUGCUUUAUUAGCUGAAUUGGAGAAGGAGAGAAGUGCAGGUGAUAUUGUGAAGGAAUUAGGCUAUGGAUGCACAUUUGAUGUCUCACACUGCAAAGAGAUUUUGUCUCACUUCUUACCACUGACCGAGAGUACCAUCUCAAAGAUACUUGGAACUAUUGCAAGCAACCCUACUGGCCUAGAAGACAACCAAAGCACAUUUUCAAACUUUGGUAUAGCUCUUGGAUGUAGCAUUUACCCUGAUCUCCCACAGUUAAGUUCCUGGGAUAUUGACAUCCUCGUGAAAACUAUCAAGCAACUUGCUCCUGGUACUAAUUGGAUACAAGUGAUGGAAAAUAUGGAUCACGAGGGAUUUUAUAUCCCUAGUGAGGAAGCAUUCUCUUUCUUCAUGUCUGUAUAUAGACAUGCUUGCCAGGAUCUAUUCCCUCUCCAUGCUAUUUGUGGAUCCCUGUGGAAGAAUACUCAGGGUCAACUAUCAUUUCUCAAAUAUGCUGUAUUGGCCCCUCCAGAAGUGUUUACCUUUGGUCAUUCUGGAAGACAGCUGGUAUAUAAUGACGCAGUACAUGGUCAUAAGCUUCAUCCUGGACAUUCAAAUCAUGCAUGGUUCUGUUUGGACCUUUUGGAUGUGCUUUGUCAACUAGCUGAGAUGGGUCAUUCAAGUUCUAUUCGGUCAAUGCUCGAAUAUCCUCUCAAGCACUGUCCAGAAAUCUUACUUCUUGGAAUGUCACAUAUCAAUACUUCGUAUAACCUUCUCCAAUAUGAAGUAUCUAUUAAAGUUUUCCCUAUGUUAAUCAAAAGCUCCGCAGGUAGCGGUAUGAUUCUUUACCUCUGGCAUGUAAACCCUAGUCUUGUUUUGCGGGGAUUUGUAGAUUCUCACAACAUUGAACCAGAUUGCAUGACCAAGAUAUUGGACAUAUGCCAAGAAUUGAAGAUUCUGUCAUCAGUAUUAGACAUGAUUCCUUCUCCUUCUGGCAUCAGAUUGGCAGCCGUAGCUUCACGGAAAGAACUCAUUGACCUUGAAAAGUGGCUGACUACUAAUUUAGUUACAUAUAAAGAUUUUUUCUUUGAGGAAUGUUUCAAGUUUUUGAAGGAGGUCCAACACGGUGGAUCACAGGAUUUUUCUACCAAACCUUUCCAUCAUACUAGCUCUAUAACAAAUGUUUAUUUGGAGACUUGUUCUACCUUCCUGAAGGUCCUUAAGGCCCACACAAGCUUAACUAUCUCUAGUCGACUUUCUGAGGAAAUGGAAAAGUUAAAUUUAACAAUUAUGGACUCUAAUCCGCGGCUGCAAAAUGGUGCCUCUGUAGAUUCAUCUGCCUCUGAGGGGUUUUCAGAUGAUGUUGAGGCAGAAGCAAAUUCUUACUUCCAUCAAAUGUUUUCCAGUCAAUUGACAAUUGAUGCAAUGGUUCAAAUGCUUGCUCGAUUCAAGGAGUCACCUGUAAGAAGGGAGCAGUUAAUUUUUGAAUGCAUGAUUGGCAAUCUAUUUGAGGAGUAUAGAUUCUUCCCAAAGUAUCCUGAAAGGCAACUAAAAAUUGCUGCUGUUCUGUUUGGUUCUGUUAUCAAGCACCAGCUUGUAACUCAUCUAACACUUGGGAUUGCCUUGCGUGGCGUUUUAGAUGCACUACGAAAACCCCCAGAUUCCAAAAUGUUUGUUUUUGGAACGAAGGCUUUGGAGCAGUUUGUGGAUCGUCUGAUUGAGUGGCCACAAUAUUGCAACCAUAUCUUACAAAUAUCUCAUCUGCGUGGCACUCAUUCAGAGCUUGUUUCUUUCAUUGAGCGGGCGCUUGCUCGGAUUUCAUCAGGUCAUUUGGAAUCAGAUGGAAGUAACAAUCCUUCAGCUGCUAAUCAUCAUGGUUUAUCUCAGGCUGGCUCAGGGAAUGGGGAGUUAAAUAGUGUUAAUGUCACACAGCCUGUGCAGCAACUUUCCUCUGCACUGCAUGUACAGAGACACGAAACUCCUCUUGACGACCGUCAUAAGAUAUCUGUGGUUUCAUCUAACGACACCAAAUCUCAUUUAUCUGCUGGAGGGCAUUCUUCAGUUGCUCCUUUAGGUGAUAUUUCAAGUAUUCAGAAGAAUGUGGCCAGUACUUCAUCCAUACUGUCUUCUUCACAUGGUUUCAUACGUCCUUCUCGGGGCACUACCUCUGCUAGGUUUGGCUCUGCUUUGAACAUCGAAACUCUUGUAGCUGCCGCUGAGAGAAGGGAAACACCAAUAGAGGCUCCAGCAUCUGAGAUUCAGGAUAAAAUAUCGUUCAUCAUUAACAAUAUUUCAGCUGCAAAUAUUGAAGCUAAAGCAAAAGAGUUUACUGAAAUAUUGAAAGAGCAGUAUUAUCCCUGGUUUGCCCAGUAUAUGGUUAUGAAAAGAGCAAGCAUAGAGCCCAAUUUUCAUGAUUUGUACUUGAAGUUUCUUGAUAAAGUUAAUUCAAAGGCCUUAAAUAAGGAGAUUGUCCAGGCCACUUAUGAGAACUGCAAGGUUCUCUUAGGUUCAGAGCUAAUAAAAUCAAGCUCAGAGGAGCGCUCAUUACUUAAAAACCUUGGAAGCUGGCUUGGGAAAUUAACAAUUGGCAGGAAUCAAGUUCUAAGGGCUCGUGAAAUUGAUCCCAAAUCUUUGAUCAUAGAGGCAUAUGAGAAGGGGCUGAUGAUUGCUGUAAUUCCAUUUACUUCGAAGGUUCUGGAGCCAUGCCAAAGCAGUCUAGCAUAUCAACCUCCUAAUCCCUGGACUAUGGGUAUUCUUGGAUUGCUUGCUGAAAUUUAUUCAAUGCCAAACUUGAAAAUGAACCUUAAGUUUGACAUAGAGGUUUUAUUCAAGAACCUUGGUGUAGAUUUGAAGGACAUAACACCCACUUCCCUUUUGAAGGAUCGGAAAAGAGAAAUUGAAGGGAACCCUGAUUUCUCUAAUAAAGAUGCUGGAGCAUCACAACCACAGAUUGUUGCUGAUGUUAAGUCUGGAAUGAUCUCUCCGCUAAAUCAUGCUGAGUUACCACUUGAGGUUGCCAAUCCACCUAGUUCUGGUGGCCAUACACACUUGUUAUCUCAGUAUGCUGCUCCUGUUCAUCUUCCUUCGGGGACGCUGAUGGAGGAUGAGAAACUAGCUGCGCUAGGCUUGUCCGACCAGCUUCCUUCUGCUCAAGGGCUAUUUCAAGCUACUCCAUCCCAGUCACCUUUUUCUGUCAGUCAGCUUCCCACUGCAAUGCCCAACAUUGGAACUCAUGUUAUAAUCAACCCGAAGCUCAAUUCUUGGGGAUUGCACUUGCAUUUUCAAAGAGUGGUUCCUAUUGUAAUGGAUAGAGCUAUCAAAGAAAUAGUGUCUGGCAUCGUUCAGCGUAGUGUUUCUAUAGCAACACAGACAACAAAGGAACUCGUUUUGAAGGAUUAUGCCAUGGAAUCUGAUGAGACACGAAUAUAUAAUGCAGCACACUUAAUGGUUGCAAGUUUGGCGGGAAGCUUAGCUCAUGUGACGUGCAAGGAGCCAUUACGCACUUCAAUUUCAACGCAACUAAGGAAUUCUCUUCAAGGUUUGAGUGUUGCGAGUGAACUUCUGGAGCAUGCUGUGCAACUCGCUACGAAUGAUAACCUUGAUCUUGGGUGUGCAAUAAUUGAGCAGGCUGCUACAGAUAAGGCAAUACAAACCAUUGAUGGGGAAAUAUCUCAACAACUUUCUUUAAGAAGGAAGCAUAGGGAUGGUGUUGGUCCUACAUUUUUUGAUGCAAGCAUGUAUACCCAGGGUUCUAUGGGUGUUGUACCUGAGGCCCUCCGCCCUAAACCCGGUCACCUGUCUGUCUCUCAACAGCGAGUUUACGAGGACUUUGUUCGACUUCCAUGGCAAAACCAAUCAAGCCAGAGCUCUCAUUCUGUUCCUACGGGUUCAUCCUCUUCUUCGGGUGCUAGUGGUCUGGCUAAUACAUUUGGUUCGGCUUCAGGUUCUGGACAACUUAAUGCAGGUUACUCAUCUCCUCCAGGCAAUUUAGGAUUUGAAGCAGUCUCACGGACAGUGGAAAUGGCUUCUGAUUCUGUUGAAUCUAACUCAGCUGCGCUUCUUAGUGCAUCAUCUAUUCAUAUUGGGGCAAGUGAUGGUGUUAUCCAGCAAAAUUCUGAAAACAACUCUAUCAGUGCUUCCUUUUCGUCUGCUGCUGCUGCCCCUGAACCCCAGCUAGGGGAUUCCUCUGAUGCUGUAAAGGAAUCAAUAAUUUCACCGCAGCCAAUAUCUUCAUCAGCUGCUUCUGAUAGACUGGGGAGUGGAAUUUCAGAACCUUCUUUAAACACAAGGGAUGCAUUGGAUAAAUAUCAGAUUGUUGCACAAAAGUUGGAGGCUUUGAUUAAUAGUGAUGCUAGAGAAGUAGAAAUCCAGGGAGUAAUUGCUGAGGUUCCUGAAAUAAUACUUAGGUGUAUCAGUCGAGAUGAGGCUGCCUUGGCUGUGGCACAAAAGGUUUUCAAGGGUUUAUAUGAAAAUGCAUCAAACAAUUUUCAUGUUAAUGCUUGUCUUGCAAUUCUGGCUGCUAUUCGUGAUGUUUGCAAGCUUGUGGUUAAAGAACUCACUAGCUGGGUGAUUUACUCGGACGAGGAGCGGAAGUUCAACAAAGACAUUACUCUUGGUCUUAUACACAGUGAAUUGCUCAAUCUUGCGGAGUACAAUGUACAUAUGGCAAAGCUUAUUGAUGGGGGGAGGAAUAAGGGUGCGACUGAGUUUGCUAUUUCCCUUGUCCAAACUCUAGUUAUGGAAGAAUCGAAAGUUAUAUCUGAACUACAUAAUCUUGUUGAUGCUUUGGCUAAGCUUGCUGCAAAACCUGGAUCUCCCGAGUCAUUACAACAACUGAUUGAGAUUGUGAGGAAUCCUGUUGCUAAUUCUGCUGUUUUUUCUGGCUUUACUGUGGGAAAAGAAGAUAAGACAAGACAGUCUAGAGAUAAAAAGGCUGUAAGUCAGUCUGUAUCUAACAGGGAAGACUAUGGCAAUGCUGAAUCUGUGGAACCAGAUCCUGUUGGUUUGCAUGAGCAGGUUACCAUGCUAUUUGCUGAAUGGUACCGAAUAUGUGAACUUCCGGGUGCAAAUGAUGCUGCUUGUACUCAUUAUAUCCUACAAUUGCAUCAAAAUGGACUAUUGAAGGGGGAUGACAUGACAGAUUGCUUUUUCCGAAUCCUUACGGAACUCUCUGUUGCACAUUGCUUAUCCUCUGAGGUGAUUACUUCUGCUACUCUGCAAUCAACUCAACAAGGGCAGACUUUGUCCUUCCUUGCCAUUGAUAUUUAUGCCAAGCUUGUUUUUUCUAUCCUGAAAGUGGAGCAAGGAUCUAGCAGAUUCUUUCUGUUGUCAAAGAUUUUGGCUGUUACUGUGAGAUUUAUACAAAAGGAUUCUGAAGAGAAAAAAACAUCUUUUAACCCAAGACCAUAUUUCCGACUGAUUGUGAACUGGCUGAUGGACCUUAUCUCCCCAGAUCCUGUUAUUGAUGGUGCAAACUUUCAGAUCUUGACAGCUUUUGCUGGGGCAUUCCAUAAUUUGCAGCCCCUCAAAGUGCCUGCAUUCAGCUUUGCGUGGCUUGAGCUGGUGAGUCACAGGAGCUUCAUGCCAAAAUUGCUCACAGGAAAUGCUCAGAAGGGCUGGCCGUAUGUCCAACGCUUGCUUGUAGAUCUAUUCCAGUUCCUGGAGCCAUUUUUGAGGAGUGCUGAACUAGGAAUGCCAGUUCACUUUCUGUACAAAGGUACACUAAGAGUGCUGCUUGUUCUGCUUCACGAUUUCCCAGAAUUUCUCUGCGAUUAUCAUUUCACCUUCUGUGAUGUAAUUCCUCCAAGCUGCAUACAAAUGCGUAAUAUUAUUCUCAGUGCCUUCCCCCGCAAUAUGAGGCUGCCAGAUCCAUCUACUCCCAACUUGAAGAUUGAUUUGCUUCCAGAAAUAAGGGAGGCUCCUCACAUUCUUUCUGAGGUUGAUGCAGUCCUAAAAGCAAAGCAGAUGAAAGCUGAUGUGGAUGAGUAUCUCAAGAUGGCAACUCUGCAGACGAGACAACAGGGUUCUUCAUUCCUUACUGAACUGAAGCAGAGACUACUACUUUCACCGAGUGAAGCUACCUCAGCCGGUACCCGAUACAAUGUACCAUUGAUAAACUCACUUGUGCUUUAUGCUGGGAUGCAGGCCAUUCAGCAGCUGCAAGCAAGAACACCUCAUGCACAGUCAACAGGGAACACUUCUGCUCUUGCUGUCUUAUUGGUGGAUGCUGCUCUGAAUAUUUACCAGACACUUAUACUAGAACUGGACACUGAAGGACGAUACCUCUUUUUAAAUGCUGUUGCCAACCAACUACGCUACCCUAACAAUCAUACGCAUUACUUCUCAUUUGUCCUACUCUAUUUAUUUGCAGAAUCAAACCAGGAAAUUAUUCAGGAGCAGAUCACGAGAGUACUUUUGGAACGCCUAAUAGUUAAUCGACCACAUCCAUGGGGCCUUCUGAUUACUUUCAUCGAGCUCAUCAAGAAUCCUAGAUACAACUUCUGGAAUCGAUCCUUCAUAAGAUGUGCUCCAGAGAUUGAAAAACUCUUUGAAUCAGUGGCAAGAUCAUGUGGUGGCUUAAAGCCUAUGGAUGAGAGUAUGGUUUCUAGCUGGGUUUCUGAGGGCACACACUGAGGCUCCUGUCUGAUUUUCUGCCCCUUUUGUAAUCUACCUAUUAAUUUGUCGUUUACAAUUAAACCCAUUGUACAAUACUUGCAAAAAUACAUCAAUUCUUUUUGUUUUUUUCCA